UACGAUGCCAGAUUCUUCACUUCAUCCAUGUAGGCCGCCUCAUCGUUGUUGGAGAUGGCGUCCAACACCAGCCUUGGGUGACCACACAGACUGAAGUGUAGAGGGAGUAGAGAGGAGAGGACACACUCCUGUGGCGCUCACGUGCUGAUGUUGAUGCUGUUGGAGAUGCAGCUACCCACCCUCACCACCUGAGUACCGCCAGUGAGGAAGUCCAACACCCAUAGGGUUAUUUAACCGUUACUAGUGAAUCUCUUCCUCCUGUCGUCAUUGGAGAUACAGUCACACUCAAGUGCAACUUCCAAACAGAUGGCAGCCUGAAAGAGAUUGUGUGGUUUCGGGAAAGCGAACAGAUUAUUGAAGGAGCCAGUGCCAAGCAAAAGAUUUUCAGCUAUAAUGCCAUGUACAACACUAGCUACUCCAACAUGGAGGACAACCGCAAACGGGAGGACCUAGUAUACCAGUCAACAGUUCGACUUCCAGAAGUUCACAUGGAGGAUGAUGGCCUGUAUGAGUGCCAUGUAGGGAUUUAUGACAGAAAUUCCAAAGACAAAGUUAUUCUAGCCUCUAGCAGUAUCACCCUCACUGUCAUAGUACCUCCAAAGUCUAUCUCUGUGCUGGUGGCCAACAGCCCAGCUCCAUUCAGCCGCUACGAGGCUCAAAACUUCACUCUGGUUUGCAUUGUUACAGGAGCAAAACCAGCUCCCAUGGUAUACUUCAAGAGAGAUGGUGAGCUUAUUGAUGUUGUGCCAACAGCCCAGUCUUUUUCUUCAGUAGGAGUUCAAAGUAAGAGCCCAGGUCACAAAAAGAGCUGGACUAUGAACCAGGCAGGGCUUUGGAGUACCCAGGUGUUGACCAGUCGAGAUGUUGAUGACACCAAACUCCAGAGGACCCUGCUGGAGCAAGAGGAGAAGCAGGCCAGGCUAGACCAUAAUGGACCUGUUGACUCUCAGGGCCAAGAAGAAGAGUCCGAACUGAAUCCUGAGGAAACCACUGAGAUUAUCCCUGAGACAAUAGUGAGCAGGGAAUUUCCCCGCUGGGUUCAGACUACUGACCCUCUCUAUUACUUCUAUCACCGGCAGCAGGCAGCAGGCGAUGGCACCAUGGAGGUUAGAGCCAUGCUAACCUGGAGCCUCAACCCCCAGCUUGACAAUGAGGCUCUAUUCAGCUGUGAGGUCAACCACCCAGCUCUAUCCAUGCCCAUGCAAGCUGAGGUCACAUUGGCUGCUCCCAGAGGACCUAAGCUGUCCAUGAGUCCCAGUAAAGCCAAAGUGGGAGAUACAGUGCGGAUCACUGUCCAGGGCUUCCAGCUGGGACCUUCUGCAAGUGAAGUCUUCCCUGAGCCAAUGUUCACUUGGACCAAGGUUGGUGGGGAUCUGCUCGAUGGCAGAGCAGUCCAUAACGGAAGGGAACUCAUCCUGGAGAGAGUCCCUGCUGAGCUCAAUGGCUCCAUGUUUCGCUGCACAGCCCAGAAUCCUCUGGGCUCCACGGAUACCCACACCCGCCUGAUCGUGUUUGACAACCCAAGACUGAAGAGAGGAAAAGAACAUUACAUUGCCAUCAACACAGCAGUCGGUCGGCACUCCUUCACAUUAUCCACCAUUCUACUGCUGAGAUUCACCUGUGAGCUGACGUGACCCGAAGCUCUGCUCUGCUGCUAAACACACUACCCAACUUCCUGAGGCACCAUCAGUGACCAUCAAGUAGUUAAACCUCCAACCAGUCCUUCUGCUUGAGCACCUAGGAGGAAGGACUCAUUCUGAUUCUGCAUUAGACACAGAAUGAAGUUUCAGAGGCAAUUUACAUGUAAUCUUGGGAAUACUUGAGAUUUACCACUACCAUAGGGAUAAUAGUAGAUAGAUUGUUUUGUUGUUUUGUUGCUUUAAUUUAUUUAUUUUAAACAAUAAUAUAAAAUUAUGCACA